AUGGAGUCCAUAAACUACUCGCCGGAAAAUCAAGAACCCCAGCGGCCGGAAAACGACUUGGCCGGCAUCGGCCGCUCUUACGAUUGCGUCUACUGCAAGCGAGGCUUCAACACCGCGCAGGCCCUCGGCGGCCACAUGAACAUUCACCGGAAAGACAGGGCCGCCCGGAAUCCUAAACCUAACGACAACCUUAACAACGACGAAACCUCGUUCAAUCCGAACAAGCCCGCCGCCGGCGGCCGUGAAAAUAAUAAUAAUAAUUUUUAUACCACCUUAAACGUUCCCAUGUUUUUCCACCACCAGGUAUCAGCGCCGCCGCCGUCUCAGAUGAGUUACCAGACGCAUUUUCCGGCGACCACCUCCGGCCCGGUUUUUUCGGACCACCGUUAUUACCGUUACAACGCUCUGGACUGCGACGACGGCGACGGUAAUAACAAUCCCCAGUGCUUAAAUUUAUUUGAAAACGAUUGGCGCUUGAGCUUGCGCCACGUAGACGACGUCGUGGAGAAGAUCGACGACAGCGUGGAUUUGGAGCUUCGACUAGGCCAUGAUUAUCGUUAG